CAGAAGUCCUCUAUAAACAAGGCUGAUUUAUUUGGCAGAAUCCAAGUACUCACCUGGAGAAGGUUCUAUGGGUUAUAUGGAUGAACAUUUGAAUCGACUAUGAGCUUCUAGUAGUGUAAAACUGGACGAUAACAUGGAAGCAUUUGAAGUGGAUGACAUCAGUCCGGCUUUGGAAGUCACAGAAGACUUUUUUAGCUCUUUUGAAAAGCUAGAACAUGUUGGCCAUCAGGGUGAAGUCUUUGGAAUUCAUGAAGUCCCAGAGCUCUUGGGAAAUGAGAUAUCCAAUAAAAUUAUACAAGCUGAUGGUCAAAAUGCCAAUACUUCGCAGAGUAGCAUUAUUUGGGAGAGGUGUAAAAGUAGUCUCUUUGAUGCCAAAGCAAAGAAUGGGAUCCAUGCCAAAGAACUUUAUUCGUCAAAUAGAAGAGUAUUUCCUGAUAGCCCCCUGAAUGGUGAAGGGGAUAAAGACACAUCUGCUUUUAACUUCUUUAGUGCAUGUCGUAGACGUGAUAGACCUCGUUCCAUUAAUGAUACACUUGCUUGGGUUGAAGAAGCACCUAAAUUUAAGCGAGGUCACAACAGAUCAAGAUCUGAUAUUAGCCAUCUAGACUGGACAAAUGUUCGCAAGCCAGCCCCUUUACAGAGGUCUUCAAGCCAGGGAGUGCAUUACACGAAGCAAGACAUUGAAGGAAAUACUGGUAUGUGA